UUUCAUAUUUCUGAGAGAAAUAUACAGAGCCAGAGCAGCAUAUACAAAAACUUUGGCUAAAUUUUUUUUGUAUAAAAAGUAAAAAUAUAAAUAUAUAAGUUAAUUAUUUCAUAUAACAAAAGAAAAAGCUAAGUGUUAGUUAUAAAACUAAAAACGAAAAAUAUAUACAAAAAAAAUUUAGAGCAUUUGAAAAACCAGCUUGGAAAAAAUUUGCUGCAAGAAAAUCGAAAAUCAAGAAGGAAGAAAGUGAAAAAGUGAAAGCCUGAAAAAAGGAAGUGAGAGAGAUAAGAGCACAUACAACAAAGAGAACAAAGAAGAGAAUUUGCAGAGAAAGAAAAAAAUAGAGAGAGGGAUACAAAAGCAGAAAAGUCGACAAAAAGAUUGCUUACAAGAAAAAUUAAUCGUUAAAUACAGGUGAAUUUUUACAGAACGAGAAAAUAAAUUCAAUUUUAUUUUUCUUGAAAGCGUUUACAAAUCGAUUAUCAAAAUUCUCGGCAUCAACUGCAACUCGAUUUAUAGCACUUUGAUAAGUACCCAGCACAAUUUAAACAAACUAACGCGUUCAACUUCACAAGCAGCAACUCAAAACAGAAAUCUGCCGAUUAUGUUUGUCAACUCAAUGACGUUCCGUGGUAAUCCGGCUGCGAGCCACCACUAUCACCAACAGCAGUCAGCAUUGAACCACCAUGCAUCGCUGGCUGCCGCUGCAGGACAUCCCCUGGCUGCAGCCCAUCAUGCCAGCCAGCAGGCCCAGUUGCACCAUCCAGCAGCACACACUCCUGCUGGGCCAUUGGGACACCAUCUAGGUGCCCACACGGGCCAUCAUGCGGCUGCUGCCAAUAAUAAUUUGAAUCAUUUGGCUGGCAGUCUCAAUCGCACGCCCCAUGCUCCCAUGGGUCUGGGUACUGGAAAUAUUACUUCGAUUUCGCCCCAUCUGUCUGCUGGAAGCACUUCAUCGGGUAGUGCUUCCAGUACCAAUUCUCCGGAUGGUGGUAAGAUCUAUAUUAAGAACUUGGAACGUUCUAUCGAUAACAAGGCCAUGUAUGAUACGUUCUCGGUCUUUGGCAACAUACUCAACUGUAAUGUGGCCAAGGAUGAGCAUGGCAAUUCGCGUGGCUAUGGCUUUGUUCAUUUCGAUACGGAGGAUGCAGCCCGUGUGGCCAUUGAAAAAGUCAAUGGAAUGUUGUGUAACAACCAAAAGAUUCACGUUGUUAAAUAUAUACCACGUCGUGACCGAGAACAGGAGAAGGCUACCCAGUUUAGGAACUUAUACGUGAAGAAUUUCAAUGAGGACUUUUCGGAACAGCAUAUGAGAGAAAUGUUUGAGCCAUUCGGUCGUAUUACCAGUCACAAGAUCAUGACCGAUGAGGAGGGUCGUUCUAAACGUUUCGGCUUUGUGGCUUUCGAAAAUCCCCAAUCAGCUCUGGCAGCUGUUAUUGCUUUGAACGGCAAACAAUUGGGUGACAAGUACCUUUAUGUGGCUCGAGCUCUAAGCAAAAUCGAGCGUCAACAGGAAAUAAAUCGCAAAUUGGAAGAACGCAAAAGACAGAAACCAGGUCAAGUAUUUUACUACUAAGCGAAAGUCAUCUGAUUGAAUUUCUUCAUGCGAAAGCUAAAAAAAAUAAUAAAAAAAAAGAGAAAUCUUAAUAUUUAUCUUAAAAACAAAACAGAAAAAAAGAAAUGAAUUAAAAAAUAAACAUUAAUAUUUCACUAUUAUACACACACUACGCAAAAACACACCUAUUCUUAAAUGUAUUGUAGAAAUUUUAAACCCAAUUAAGAAACAGAAAAAACAAAAAAAAAAAACACAUGAAUAUUUUUGAAACCUAGAAUAACGUUUUAAGGAAAAACAUAACAAAAAAAUGAAAUGAAAUGGAAAACAUAUUGCUUAAAUGUUAAAUAAUUGUAAUAGUACUACUAAAACAACAACAACAAAACUACACAACAUAAGCUUUUUUAGACAAAAAAAAACAAAAGAAAGGAAAACAAAAACAAAAAUAGAAGCGAAAACAACAUUUGAUUUCAUUGAAUUAAUUGAAGGAGUGGAGCUCCUUUUUCGACACAAAAUAUUUUAUGCACUUUUAUGACGAAUUAAAAAAAAAAUAUGAAUUAUUUUCUCAUACAAUUGAAAAAAAUAAAAAUAUGAAAACAACAACAACAAUAAUGAAAUGAAAACUGAAAACAAAAAACAAGGCAAAACAAAACAAAAAUGAAAUGAUUUAAGUUCAGAAAGAAAAUAAAAUUAGUUUAUAAUUAACAAAAGGAAACAAAACAACAACAAGAAAUAAAUGUAUUAGCAAAAAGAUUAUAAAACCGAAUAAACAAAAAAAAACCAACAACUUUUUUAAGUAUUACAAAAACAAAAAAAGAAGAAAAAGGAAAAAUGAUUUAUUUAGUAAAAAUACAGAAUGAAAAAAACAACAAACAAAACAAAAAUGGAAUAAAACAAAAUAUAUUAAACAUUUAUAUUGCUUAUAUUGUAAGUCUUGAUUAAAACAAAACAAAAAAAUCUUAGAAACUCCAUUACUACACCCACUCACACACACACACAAAUAUUAUGUGUAGAUAAAAAUUGCUUACAAUUGAUAAAAACAACCCCCUCCCCCCCAAAAAAAAUGGCAAUUUCUUUUUUUUAAGAAAAAAAAAAACAGAAAAAUACCUUAGAGUUCUAGUUCUAUAUAAUCAUGCAUACAAACACUUUUAAACGAUUUUCAACACACAUAUAUUUGUAAUUGGAAACCUUUAAUAAAAUAUUAAAAACUGAACAAUUUUCAGAGAAUUAUUGUAGAAAGAAAAAAAAAACACGAUAAAAUGUGCAAAUAAUAUUGCUUAGCAAUUGUUCUCCUAUUAUACCAUUUUUUUUUCAUGACAAACCAGGAAAAACCAAGCAACCAACCAACCACUCGGUACAAAUUUUUUCUAACCUUUUUUUUAGAUUUUCAUUCAUUCUUGAAAAAAAUUUUUUUUUGGGAAAAUUUAAAUAACUAAUCUAAAAUUUCGUAAUUAUCACCAACUUUUUAUUGGUCAUCAUCGGGACAACCAUACGAAAUCUUUGUAUGCAGGUAUUAUUGAACUUUCAAAGCAUUUUCCGAUGUAUACGGAUUGACAGUUUAUCAAUUGGAAAUUCUGUAUUUCGCAUUUCAUUUGAAAUCAUAAAUACGAAUUUCAAAAUAGUUUUAAUUUAAUGAUUUUUAUAAAAUUUGAAAACAAUUUUUUUCCUCAUUCUAAGACAUUUUCAACAAUUGAUGAAAUGCCAUCUAAAUUACAUCUGCAACAGGUUUAGAUGAUAGAAAAAUUUCUCAUCAAAUAUUUUAAAAAUUUA